AUGGCUUCAGCUCUGCGGCUAGGCUCUGCCUCUCUGCGCUCCGCCGUCAAGGCCCCGGCCCGCUCCGUCGCCUUCAACGGUCUCCGCGCCUACUCCAGCAAGACCACGUCCCUGAAGGAGACCUUCGCCGCCAAGAUCCCCGGCGAGAUUGAGAAGAUCAAGACGCUCAAGAAGGAGCACGGUAGCAAGGUCGUUGGCGAGGUCACCCUCGACCAGGUCUACGGUGGUGCCCGUGGCAUCAAGUCCCUCGUCUGGGAGGGCUCCGUCCUCGACUCCGAGGAGGGUAUCCGCUUCCGCGGCAAGACCAUCCCCGAAUGCCAGCAGCUCCUUCCCAAGGCCGCUGGUGGCCAGGAGCCCCUCCCCGAGGGUCUCUUCUGGCUUCUGUUGACCGGCGAGGUUCCCUCUGAGCAGCAGGUCCGCGACCUUUCCGCUGAGUGGGCUGCCCGCUCCGACGUCCCCAAGUUCGUCGAGGAGCUCAUCGACCGCUGCCCCAACGACCUCCACCCCAUGGCCCAGUUCUCUCUGGCCGUCACUGCCCUUGAGCACGAGUCUUCCUUCGCCAAGGCCUACGCCAAGGGUAUGCCCAAGGCUCAGUACUGGGAGCACACCUUCGAGGACUCCAUGGACCUCAUUGCCAAGCUCCCUACCAUUGCCGCCCGCAUCUACCGCAACGUCUACAAGGACGGCAAGGUCGCUGCUACCCAAAAGGACAAGGACUACGCCUACAACCUGGCCAACCAGCUCGGCUUCGCUGACAACAAGGACUUCGUCGAGCUGAUGCGUCUGUACCUGACCAUCCACUCCGACCACGAGGGUGGCAACGUCUCUGCCCACACCACUCACCUGGUCGGCUCUGCCCUCAGCUCCCCCUACCUCUCCCUGGCUGCCGGUCUUAACGGUCUUGCCGGUCCUCUCCACGGUCUUGCCAACCAGGAGGUCCUGAACUGGCUCACCAAGAUGAAGAAGGCCGUUGGCAACGACCUUAGCGACGGCGCCAUCAAGGACUACCUCUGGUCCACCCUCAAGGCCGGCCAGGUCGUUCCCGGCUACGGCCACGCCGUCCUCCGCAAGACCGACCCCCGCUACGUCUCCCAGCGCGAGUUCGCCCAGAAGCACCUUGCCGACGACCCCAUGUUCAAGCUCGUCUCGCAGGUCUACAAGAUCGCUCCUGGCGUCCUCACCGAGCACGGCAAGACCAAGAACCCCUACCCCAACGUCGACGCCCACUCCGGUGUCCUCCUCCAGUACUACGGCCUCACGGAGCAGAACUUCUACACGGUUCUCUUCGGUGUGUCCCGCGCCCUCGGUGUCCUUCCCCAGCUCAUCAUCGACCGCGCCGUCGGUGCCCCCAUUGAGCGCCCCAAGUCGUUCAGCACUGAGGCUUACGCCAAGCUGGUUGGCGCUAAGAUUUAA